UUGAUUUAAAAAUAAAGGCAGAUGAGAAAUUAACUGCGAAGUUACGUGUUAUGUUUCGUAUUUAUGGUUUUAAACCAGCUAGUCUGGUCGUUUCAUUAUAAUGUUUCAAUUAUGCCGUAGGUAUAUAACAUUUUGACUUAUUUUUCAGAUCCUUUUAAUUCAUUUAAGUUUUGCAGCUGAAAGUUAAGCCAUGUCAGUAUCUGGAAUUAAGUUUGAAGGCGAAUCGGAAAAGUUGUAUGUAAAAACUGUGGAAGGGGAGACCCAAAAAAAGCGUGGACCCCAGAGAAUUCUCGCACGUUUCUUUUACAUUACCCCGGAGGUCAAAAAGGAGGGCAGACAAAUAAAACAUCUGGAAGGAGCCGAUAUCACCUAUGAGGACCCGGACUGCUUUGAUAAGUUUUUGGAAUUUGUAAAAACUCAGACGACUGUGUAUGCGCAGUUGAAUGCCAGCUUCAUGAUUGGGCAUGAUCGGUUUAGAGAGAAAGUAUCUGCAGUGAAAUGGAUCAGUGCGGCCGCCACUAUUAAGGAAAGAAUGGUUUAUUCUACUACCUUCUCCGCUUUUGCGACGAAAAAAGAUCUUUUCAAAGUUGAGAUAGCCGAUGCAGAUGAGCUGACCCUAGCGAACUUCGUGAAUAAGUUCUUAAAAGAAGCAGGGGGCUCCAAAAUCACCAAUUUUUGCGGCAAAGAUUGUCAGCAUUGUGACUAAACAUAAGAAACUGACGACUGCCUGGUUAUGCUAGUUAAGAUGAGAGAGUCUACCUGUAAACAAUCAUCUCGACCUAAUCUGAUGUUCACAGCAUUCAUAACACCAUUAAGUCUUUGUUGUAAAAUCAUUUUGCUUGAAAUAUAUAUAUCAUACUUAUUGUCUAACUGUGUAUACUAGAGUGGAGGCAUUCCAAUUGUAAGCAAUAAUAUUAAAUGGUUUAGUGUUAUAAAUAAAUGAUUGACAUAAAA